AUGGCUCCGCACUGGUUACUAGCCUUAGUCUCGUUGCUGCUGCUCCUGCAAACUCCGUCCAUUUCCUCCCUUGAUGCUAGGGGAUCGGAUGCGACAUGCGUCGCCCAUGAGAGGGCGGCACUCCUCUCCUUCAAGGCAAGCUUGUCAGACCCCGCGAAACUACUUUCAUCGUGGCAUGGUGAACAUUGUUGCACCUGGGGAGGAGUUGGGUGCAGCAACAGAACCGGCCAUGUUCUCAAGCUCAACCUCAGUAGCUGCAGCCAAGAAUUCGGAGUGCGAGUGGGAGGUGAGAUCAGCCCCUCUUUGACUACCUUGCAUCACUUGAGGUAUUUAGACUUGAGCUGCAGCAACUUCAGUGGGGUACAGAUCCCCCAAAAAAUUGGUUCUCUUAAAAGUCUUCAGCAUCUUGAUCUUUCUCGUGCAAGCUUUGUGGGCAGGGUACCUCCACAGCUUGGUAAUCUCUCCAAUCUUAUAUUUCUCAGUGUCUCGGACAAUCCUUUGUACUCAGAUGAUCUUGCAUGGUUAUCACAUCUCACCUCACUACAGUACCUCGAUAUGAGCUCGGUUAAUCUUAGCACAGUAGUGGAUUGGGUGCAUGCAAUCAACAAGCUUCCUUCAUUGAAAGUUCUUCGUUUGGAAGACAGUGAUCUCAGAAAAAGCCCUGCUACUCUCUCUCAUUAUAAUCUAACAGCCCUCCGGGUGUUGGAUAUCAGCGGUAAUAGCUUUCAGGCUGGAUUUUCUCCCAGCUGGGUUUGGCAUAUAACUACAUUGACUUAUCUUGAUCUCUCCCAAUGUGAUUUCCAUGGCUCCAUUCCUGAUGAAAUGGGAAGUAUGACCUCUCUUGAAGAAGUUCACAUAGCCGAAGCCAUCCUUGCCGGUAUAAUACCACCAAAUUUGAAGAAUCUAUGCAAUUUGAAGAUUGUGGAUCUACAUGAUAGCAACACCACAGGGGAUAUAGGAGAACUAAUGGAACGGUUGCCAAAAUGCUCAUGGGACAAGAUGUACGUGUUGGAUUUCUCGGACAACAACAUCAGUGGGAGCUUGCCAAAUUGGUUUAGACCUCUAACUAAUUUGACUAUUUUAGAUUUGUCCUAUAAUUAUAUAACAGGACCUGUGCCACUGUGGAUAGGAGCACUUCCAAAACUGGCUAUGCUACAUCUUCAUUCUAAUCAACUAGUUGGUGAAAUAAAUGAAGAUCACUUAGAAGGGCUGAGAAGUUUACAAGAACUACGAAUGUCAGAUAACUCUGUUUCCAUGGUGGUCAGGUCAGACUGGGUUCCUUCAUUCAGGCUACAGGUGGCCGACCUGAAGUCAUGCCGGAUUGGACCCGCAUUCCCAACAUGGCUCAGGUGGCAAUCUGACAUUCAAGUCAUUGACAUCUCUAAUGCGUCCAUAACUGAUAAUGUACCCGAUUGGUUUUGGACCGUAGCUUCAAAUGCUACUCUCUUGGAUAUGUCAAAUAAUCAAAUAAACGGCACACUCCCAGCAUCCUUUGAAACGAUGGAAGCAGAGAGAAUGGACCUAAGUUUUAAUAGAUUUACUGGUACAGUCCCAAAGUUUCCUAGGGGCGUAACCUUUUUUGACUUAUCCAGAAACAAAUUAUCAGGGACACUGCCCUCAGAUCUGGAAGCCCCGGAGUUAUCUGUGCUUGCUCUUUACAACAAUUCAAUUUCUGGCAACAUACCAUCUUCGUUGUGCAAUUAUUCAUUGGAAAUAUUGGACUUAUCAGGAAAUAUGCUGACAGGAGAGGUACCCAAUUGCCAGCAGGGAGAUCUUGGGGGCUUCACACCACUGAGGUCAUUAAAUUUAAAUAGCAAUAAUCUUUCAGGAAACUUCCCGUCAGUUCUUCAAAGGUCAAAAGAUAUGAUUUUUCUUGAUCUUGCAUACAAUCAGUUCUCUGGAAAUUUGCCAGCAUGGUUAGUAGAAAACAUGACAUCCCUUGCAUUGCUACGACUGCGGUCGAAUAUGUUUUCGGGGCAUAUUCCUGUUGAACUUGCAAAGAUUGAAGGGCUUCAAUAUUUGGACCUCGCAUGCAACAACUUUUCUGGAGGUAUACGUGAAUCCUUAGCAAAGCUGAAGGCAAUCGCUCGGAUUAAUGGAUAUAGUCAUUCACUGGAUGAACUAUCAGAUUAUUCUUUAAGCUUUCUUGAGGCAGCCAAUACGGCUAGGGUCAAACUUUCCUACACAACAACUUUGUCCGUGCUUACUAAGGGACAACAACUUGAGUUUUCCGAAGAGUUGCCAUACAUGGUAAAUAUUGAUCUGUCCUGCAACAGUUUGACGGGAGGAAUCCCUGAUAGAAUUAGUGCUCUGAUUGCUUUGAAAAGCUUGAACUUUUCUUGGAAUCAUCUGACUGGGAGGAUUCCAAAGAAUAUUGGUAACCUCACUGCACUCGAGUCCCUGGACCUAUCUCAUAACGAGUUGUCUGGAGAAAUCCCUUCAAGCAUAUCAGCUAUUACUUCUUUGAGCCGCUUCAACUUGUCAUUUAACAAUCUCUCCGGACAGAUACCAGCAGGGAAUCAGUUGCAGGUGCUCGAUGACCCAGCAUCCAGUUAUAUUGGUAACAUUGGUUUAUGUGGGCCUCCACUCUUGAAGAGUUGUUCUCCAAAUUUAACAACAACUACCCCAGCCAAAGAUGAUGGGAAUCAUCACGAUGGAGUGGAGACGUCUAUCUACCUGAGCAUGGUUGUUGGCUUUGUCUUCGGCCUCUGGGUGGUCUUCUGUGUCAUGUUGUUCAAGAAGAGAUGGAGUAUGUCUUAUAUAGCCGCAGCCAUAAAGGUUCGGUGGUGGUUUGUGUCUAGUGGACUCUAG